AUGACGAUUGAAUCACGCUUCUCAGUGACGGUGCCAAACUGCUCUGUCCAGCAGUGGUUGUUUGGUUCCCCUUCAGGACAUCUCCCCGACAGAAAAGUCUGGAUAGACGCGGAUCAUCCAGCGACUCGGUUCUUCACGCUGGUCAGCGCCCGGGCACUGGCGAAGCGUAUAGCUGUGGGCUUGCGCGAUGCUGGUCUUCAACCUGGGGACCGGGUACUGGUAUGUGCUGGCAGCAGUGUCGUCUUUCCGGUCCUUAUGUUUGGGAUCUGGAUGGCUGGCGGUAUCUUCACGGGCGCCAAUCCUGCCUGCACGGCUCGUGAGCUCGCAUACCAGCUCGAAGACAGUGGCACGAAGAUCAUGCUCGCUUCGGAAAAGAGCUGGGACACUGCAGUACGGGCAUCCACAGACGUGGCCAUGGCCUCGGGUGAUCUGUACUUCUUCGACGAGAUGAUCCCGGAUGUAGAUCAUAAUGUCAACACGCAAAGGCAGACAGAACACCGCCAUUGGACUCGAUUAGUGGCUUGCCCUGUGGCGGGCGAUUCUUUUUCUUGGCAUGAGCCUGGAGAUGCUGCCUCCGAAACGUGCUGUCUCAACUACAGCUCUGGAACUACUGGUCUUCCCAAAGGCGUCGAGAUCACACAUUACAAUCACAUCGCCAACGCUCGGGCUACCAUAUCCAUGGCUAAGCGCGACCUGCAAAACGAUCAGGAACCCAACCACGCUUCGGCCUUGUGCGUUUUGCCCCUAUACCACGCCUUUUGCCAGGGGUACUACACCACGAGCUUCCCUGGACAGGGUGUUCCCGUGUACAUCAUGUCUUCGUUCGAUUUAGGCCGUAUGCUUCAUCACAUUGCGAACCUCAGAAUCACAAAGCUUUUCGUGGUUCCUGCUAUUCUCAUGGGAAUGACCAAACAUCCACUCGCACGCAAGUUAGACUUGUCGAGCCUCGAGAUGGUCGGUAGCGGCGCCGCUCCACUUGCACGGGAGACGCAAAAAGGGGCCAACGCAGUCCUCUUUCCACAUCGAGAUGCAUCGCUCAAACAGGGCUUCGGUAUGACAGAGCUGACAUGCACGGCCCUGGCAUGGGAUCCUGACAGCUCGGAGGAAGAAGGCGUGGGGGAGCUUAUGCCUGGUUGCAGAGCGAAGCUCGUCGACAUGGAGAGCGGAGUCGAGAUCCUGGAACCCGGCGUGCCAGGCGAAUUGGACGUCUCGGCGCCCACAAUGAUGAAAGGCUAUUGGCGAAACAGCGAGGCCACAUCAAAAGCGAUAAGUGAGGGUGAUCGAGGCGUGAGAUGGUUGAGAACCGGCGACAUUGCCAUUGUGAACAAGUAUGCGCCGGGCGCAAUCUUUCACAUUGUUGAUCGUGCCAAGGACCUGAUCAAGGUCAAAGGAUUUCAAGUCUCUCCAUCCGAGCUGGAGGCCUUGAUACUGGAGAGAGUGGAUGUCACUGACGCAGCGGUCGUUGGCGUUGCUGUUGAUGGUCAGGAAGUGCCCAAGGCUUAUGUCGUCCUGGCACAGGGUUGCGAAACCUCUGGGCCGGAUAUAGAAGCGUGGCUUGCAGAGAGGGUAGCGCCCUACAAAAGACUGAAGGGUGGUGUCGUAUUCCUGACCGACAUCCCAAGGAACCCGGUGAGUGGUUGGACAUCUGUCUGGUGA